AGGGCCGAGCUCCUUAGAGGAGGGCAAAGUUGCAAACAGGACCCCGGUUCCCCGUCCAGGAACCGAGCCUGCAGGCCCGCGCUCCUGGUCCUGUCCGCUGGCCGCGCAGAACUUCCGUCGCCGCGCUCUGCCGUCCCCACCAUGCUAAGAAUGCAGCCUUGAGCUGACUGACAGCAACUUUCUACCCAGGACAGGAGUCUGACUUCUGACACUGGGGGCCUGAAACAAGAUGGAAGGUUUGAAACUUGAUGGGACAGAGCGCAUAAGUGUCGACUACGUGCAGGGAAUCCUUCAGCCUACGCCCACCUGUGACAUCUGGGACCAGAUCUGGAACUUCCAGGCCGAGCCCGAUGACCUGCUUAUUUCCACGUAUCCCAAAGCAGGAACAACGUGGACUCAGGAGAUAGUGGACUUAAUACACAAUGAAGGUGACAUCAAGAAAAGCCAGCGAGCCCCGACUCACGAACGAUUUCCUUUCAUCGAGUGGAUAAUCCCGUCCUUAGGAUCUGGUUUGGAACAAGCGAAGGCAAUGCCCCGACCACGGAUCCUGAAAACACAUCUUCCCAUCCAGCUGCUGCCACCUUCGUUCCUAGAGAAAAACUGCAAGAUCAUCUACGUAGCAAGGAACCCCAAGGACAAUAUGGUGUCAUAUUACCAUUUCCACAGAAUGAAUAAAGCACUUCCAGCUCCAGGAACAUGGGAAGAGUAUUUUGAGAAUUUUCUGGCUGGGAAAGUGUGCUGGGGCUCUUGGCAUGACCAUGUGAAAGGAUGGUGGAAAGCCAAAGACCAACACCGCAUUCUCUACCUCUUCUAUGAGGACAUGAAGAAGAACCCGAAGCAUGAAAUUCAGAAGCUAGCAGGAUUUAUUGGGAAGAACCUAGAUGACAAACUUUUAGAAAAGAUUGCUCAUCACACUUCAUUUGAUGUUAUGAAGCAGAACUCAAUGGCAAACUACUCAUCGAUUCCUAAGGAAAUAAUGAACCACUCCAUUUCUCCAUUCAUGAGAAAAGGGGCAGUGGGAGACUGGAAGAACCACUUCACUGUGGCUCAGAAUGAGCGCUUUGAUGAAGAUUACAAGAAGAAAAUGGCUGAUACUAGUCUAACUUUCCACUUCCAAUUCUAGUGCGGAAGAGAAAGAACCAAGAGCCUGUUCCCUUUGGGGUCAAAGGGUAGUUUGUUUGUUUCUUCAUUUGCAGACAGCGACUCACUAUGCUGACCAGGCCAGCCUCACUCAUGAUCCUCCUUAUCCAGCCUCCCAAGUAGCUGGGGUUGCGGCACGUUCCACUGCGCUCAGCUAAAAGUAUUUUUUUACUUUAUUACUCAAUAUGUUAGGUAAUAAUCAGUGAAAGUUUAACACUCAGACCCGAUGAUAUUGGAGUCUGGUUUUUAGACCAUUUGUUUCUUGUAGUAGCUCUUGUUCACUCUGCUGAAAAGAAGACGUGAUAGAAUUAACAGAGGUGGGACAAUGUGGAGAGUAGGAGCAGGGUGUCAAUGGAGGGAGGGAGGUUAUGUAAUUAUUGCUAAUAAUCAUUAUAUUUAAGUUUUCUACAGAUAAUCUUGUCGGCAUACUAAAAAUACAUUAGUUCUCACAUAAUAAUACACUAAACUUAUCAGAUUAAGUUUUGCUCCAAGCUUCUUAAUGCAUUACUAUGUGACUAUUUCUUCCAGCAGUUUCUUGGUAGCCAAGUAAUCAUUGAGUGCCUUAGUUUCCCCUUGAGAUCUUCUAAUUCACGUCAAGGUUCUGGGGUAAUACAUCAGUUCACAUCUCUCACCAAUUUGCAUAUUUACUGGACCUACACUCUCCCAUCCCAACCACUGCUUCCUUUCUAUUUCUAGAAAGAAAACUUUUCCCCUCUUGCCUAGACUAAUGUAACAGCUUCCUAACUCCAUUCUCUGUUCAUCCCACAAGACUAAAACACAACUCUUAUUAUAUUUCUCUAUGGCUCAAAACCCUCCAUGACUCUCAAUGUGUAAUGGCCAAGAGAUAAGUCCCAGUCUUUAGACCUGAAUUCAAAGGGAGCUGCAGUCAUUUCACUCUAACCUUCCUUUCUAGCUUAUUUUCAUUUUCAAAACCAACCAUCUCCAUGUUUCAAAUUAGCUUACUGGUCCCUAAUCAUAUUUUGCAAAUUCCUAGCCUCCUAAUUUUAUUGCACCAUGCCUGAACCUGGAAUUUCUCUCCCUUUCUUUCCACCUGCCCAAACAUACAGUACACUUCAAUAACCACCUUAUUCCUCCUACAAAUAGAGCUUGCUUUCUCUUCGAAAGUCCUCUACACUUGGUAUAUUUCCUUUGUGAGUAAAAUUAAGGUAUUUAAAAAUAGAACUUCAGGCCUAGCAGAUGGCAUGGAGAUUAAGUCAACUGGAACCCACAUGACUGACCAUGUGGUUAGAGUCCUAGACCCAGCAGC